CAAAUAUUCAUCCCUCCACUCUUCUAACUCUUAUUCAUAUAUCAAAAAUUCAAAAUAGUAAUCACUUUCAACUCUCAAACUAUAAUAAUAUAAUAAACUGAAGCAAGGAAAAUAAUUCAUGGAUACGUUUAUGACUACCUCCCGGGUCUUACCAGAACCCGACCUUUACCUAUACACUUCUGUCUCAACACCCAUUCCAGUUCAUGCUAGCAUCUUGGCUUCGGCAUCCCCGGUUUUAGAGAACAUCAUAAUGUCCAACAAAAUCAUCAAAAUCUCCGGCGUUCCGUACCGCGCUGUCAUUGCCUUCCUACGCUUCCUCUACUCCUUCAGGUGCAGGGAGGAGGAGAUGGAGAAGUACGGAAUGCACCUUCUAGCACUAUCGCACGUGUACGCGGUGCCGGAGCUGAAGAAAAGGAGCGUGAAAGCAGUGGGGGAGCACGUGACAGAGGAGAGCGUGGUGGACGUGUUGCAACUGUCGCGGCUCUGCGACGCACCGGAUCUUUAUCUCAAGUGCGUGAAGUUGGUGGAUGAUCGGUUCAAGAAGGUGGAGAGAAGUGAGGGAUGGAGAUUCUUGCAGAACCAUGACCCUGCCCUCGAGCUAGAUAUCCUCUGUCUUCUUGACGACAACGAUAACAGAAAGAAGAGAUUGAUGAUGAGAAAAAGACAAGAGAAGGUGUACAUGCAACUGAGUGAAGCAAUGGAGUGUUUGGAACACAUUUGUACGGAAGGGUGCACCAAUGUGGGGCCCUACGAUGUGGAACUUCGAAAGGGGAGAGAACCAUGCACCAAGUUUGGUGAAACGUGUCAGGGGAUGCAAGCUUUGAUACAACACUUUGCCACGUGUACGAAGGGGAAUAGUGGAGGCUGCAUGAGGUGCAAGCGCAUGUGGCAGCUCUUUAGACUUCACUCCUCCAUUUGCCAUCACCAUGAUUCCUGCAAGGUCCCUCUUUGCAGUGGUCUGAGUUUAAAUAACUUUGAUGUUUAUUAAUAUGAAGACAAAUUGAAUUGAAGAGGCAAGAAGAGAAGAGGAAAGAUGAUGGAAGAUGGAGACUACUUGUGAGGAAGGUGGCUUCAGCCAAAGCCAUGUCAUCUUUGUCACUCUCAAACACCAAGUGUGGGUUCAACAAAUUUUAGGGGGAUCACAAACAAUAAUCCUCCAUCACAAGUUUUUUUUUUAUGUUAAUUAUAUUAAUGAAAAUCUGUACUUAACUAA